AUGCUUGGCCAGGAACGUCCUCCAGUACCAAGGACCACCGCCACCAACGCCCGCUUCAGCUACCACGCCGACAGCUUUGACUCGGUCUCAAGCUCAAGCGGAGCAAAGACCACCUCCACUACCACCGCACGAAAGAGAGUCACCCAGCACUCGUUUCCUUCUUCAGGAACCCAACCCCAACAACAGCAGACAUACUCAAAACCACAAAAGCAGCCAACAGGUGGAGAUCACACGCGACAUCGAUCAGCAUCAGUCGCUUCGACAGCAACAACGUCAAGGAUCCUGCCCUCGCCCGAGGCUGUCCUUGCCAAAGAGAAAGAGUUCAUGGCCAACACUCGUAUCUUGGCCAUGUCCAGCCUCAUCGACUCGUUCGCUUUGUCUUCACAAUCCAAGCAAGGAUUUUACGGCAAACAGCUAAAGAUCAUUGGCACAGUCAACCCUUGGUCGUCUUCAUCUAUAACGACCACAUCCUCCACGGGAUCAGAACUUGAUGUCACAGUAAAGGUUCACAUUAUCGACAACACAUGGACGACCUGCCCAUUGCUACCACCAUCAACCAUCCUUCACCGUUGGAACGUCACCUACUUGAGCCCAUCUGCUACGGGAGAGAACGAGUAUACUCAGGAAGACUUUGGGGGUCUUGACCUCGGCGCUUCCAAGGACGAAAAGGAUGUUUCAUCGUCAUGGAUGCAGGCAACCGCGGACAGGAUAGAGACUCUCUCGCCAGCCUCAUCACCAACAUUCGACUCCCGCCCAAAGAGACCGUUCUCUGUUGCGUCUGCAUCAUCCUUUACAGCACAAGCAAGGGCGCCAGUAACUCACGUUGCCGUCAUUUCGAAUGCUUUAUGCUUUGUUGCGAACAAAGCUGGAGACUACUUGGUUCAUUUGUCGAUCCAUGUGCCGUUUGUUGUCGGUUCUGACAAUGUCAUCCACCUCUCGCAUAUCCCCAAAUGCAGGAGUAACUUUCUGAAGCUCGAAGUACUCCAACCCUCUUCGACUGAACAGGACAAUACUACUCUGGCAUCAGAGAUGACAGGCAGUGGCACCAAGUCUCCUAAUCUACACAGACGCGAGUCGGAGAACGCAGCAGAUGGAUUCGACUUUAAUGUCCACCCGCCGAUCAUGUCCUUGGAUGAGACCCACUUAAACCCAGAGUCAGACGAGGAUGCUCAGUUCUGGCUUGAGGUUCAGGAACAACUGGUUGGACGCGACGAGUUUGUGGGCAAGUUGGUCUCGGUAGAUGGAAAGCAGGACCCCUCUGGGGCUGAAUCAGGAGACAAUGAAGACAAUCAACUUUCGGGAGAACGAGAUCGUCCAUUUGAGGUUGCAGGAUGUUUUGCCCCGAGCUCCUCGCUACAUGUCUCGUGGAUGUCCCGGUCGGCUACCGAUUUCGUUCGGGAUGUCGAACAGGAUAUGACCGUCCGCAUAAUGGGAAUGCCCGACCAAAAGCAGCCUUCAUCUCUUCUUCAAGAUCGCAAGAGGAAGGACCCAGCCGAGAUUCAUGCACAGGACACCGUCGCUACGUCCGAGGAUCCAGCAGAGGAGGAAUACGAUCAUCUGGAGAUGGACGAUAGCGACUUGAUCAUUGCCGUGGAGGACGCCAUCACGGUGAAAAUCCAAAAGCUGGGGUGGAAGCAGCCAUACAUGGACGUGACCAUUAGUUUCAAGGAUUCUAGCUCGGAGCACGGCCUGUCAAGCGACAUCACGUUGUUGGAUCUUACCGGCGACGCAGUUCAGGAUUGGGAAGCGCUACCGACAACAGCUCACGAUGCAAUGGUAGAUCAUGGCAUUGAAAAGGAUGCUACAGAUGACUCUUCCAAGGAGCCAACCCAGACGUUCCGAGUGUGGUUCUUUGCCGGCACAGAAGGCACUACUGCCGUGAACAUGCGAUUCCAGGCAUGCCAGGCUGUCAAUGUAGGCUACGGAAAGAACAUCGUCUGUCACACACCAAAAGUCCGCAUUGCUGGGGCAAGCACAGACAAAGGACAGAUUCACAUAUACACCAACAACGACCUGAUGAUCCGAGGAGUCAGCCCACACCUUGUUGACGAGACCUUUGUCGACUGCCAUUCACCACUGGAGGACAGUGCUUCAUUGGUCCGAUAUCCAAACGAACGCCACUUCCAGUACCAGACCAUUGACUACUGUCUCGCCGUCACGGCACAACGCUACCAAGCCCUGGCGCGCAUUGCAAGGAUCGAGCGGGUCCGCGUCGAGAUUGGGCUGAGUGCACAACAGCAACCAGGAUUUGCCCGCGUCAUUCUGUCGAACGUUGUUCUGCCUCAGCAGGACGAUCCCUAUCUUCGACUCUAUCAACUGGACGGUGCCGAAAUCUGGAGUGUGCUGGUGGACGGAUACCCUUGCUCAAAGUCGAUUCAACUUCAAGACCAGAAAUCGUCCGGUCGACGAACUGUCCUCGUUCCUAUCCCUGAGGAAUCAACACUCGACAAUGAGGGGCUGCACCAAGUCGAGGUUAGCUACGGAUUCAACUCGUUCGACCUAUUGGAGGAGGCGUCACGCGAAGAGUCGGCUUCCUCCGCUAUGAGGCUUGUUGUCCCUGGGUUCAGUCUCCCUGUCGGCGAGUACAUUGUUGUCGCCAGUCUUCCCAAACUCCCACAAGACAUGGAUUAUGAGGAGCCGACGGGCGACUUUGAGGUGCUGUCCACGCAAGGUCAGCCAGGACAGAGGAGGACGAUCACAUAUGGGGCGUACAUGACUCUUGGAAGGCCAAAGCUUUCUUUCCGGAUCAUCAAACUCACAUCAAACCCCCCGCCCACCGACAGCACACCUACCGAUGCCGCGGGGCCUGCUCAACCAGAGCCAACUGUGGACCCAACUGAGCAACAACAAGGAGCGACUAUCGUGCAUGAUCCUCAGCAACCGCCACCUGUUGCAGGGAGCGUUAUUGUCCAACAAGUACACCAACGACACCCACAACAACCACCAGAGCCUCAGAAUCCGCACGCCGAGCAGGGAUUGGAUGGUGAGAUUCUCCCAGUGCAGGAUGGUGCUCCAUGCACUGCGUCAGGACACGGAUCCAACUCGGCACCGCAGAUCGGAGCUCCUGCUCUUCAAUCCGGCACACCUACUGGUAAAGGAGGCUACUCCUUGGAAUUUCUCACAGCGCAACAAGUGUUUGACCUGGUUCGCGGUUGGUGGAAGCAUGUGAUGGUCGUGAUUGGAGCAGUCAUGCUGGUCAUCAUGAUCAUCAAUGUGGCUGCGUUCCAGGAGACGGGAUCAACAUCGCUGGAUUUGGUGACCAUGCCUGCUUGGGUCCGCCCGUUUGUGAUUAUGAAGCGGUUCUGGACAUCGGACUCUAGGACAUCGCCAUCAUCAGCGUCGUCUUCGUCGAGUUCACAGGACAACUGGGACAACUGGGACCGAGGAUUCGAGGAUACGGAGGAGGAGGAGUUUGUUGUUCCGGAGAAGAUUGUUACCGUGACGACGACGAUCGAGCAGGCAGGCCCUCAAACGACUGUGGAGGCCAGUCAUACUCGCGACUUGGAGAUAUUGCCUCGACCUAAACCGAAGAAUCCGGAUGGCGAUGGCGACGCCGAGGAUGGAUCUCGAAGGCCCAAGGGACUGAUGAAGUUUAUUCAGACCCUGAAGGACAUUGUUCAAGGGUUGAAGGGAUAA